GCGGAGGGCGUGGAGGAGGAGGAGGCUCGGACAGAGAAGCAGCAGCAGCAGAUACAGAAGCAGCAGCAGCGGCAGCAGUGGCAGCAGGAGGAGGAGGUGAAGCAGGAGGAGGUGAAGCAGGAGAAGCAGCAGCAGGAGCGAGACCGGGGGGACGAGGCUCUGCGAUGGCCGCUCGGGGCUGACUUUCGCGAAGUGAGGGCUGCGACCGGAGCCAGGCAAGCACCAGGCCUUAACCAAGCCAUGUAGAGCGGGCGCCGGUCUACUGCCAAGUUCGCUACGAAGACUUGACUAUGCGUGGGACACUGAAGCCAUACCUUUAGAGCUGUACAGUAACCGUGAAUUUUUAUGCAACAUUUUUAAUUUAUUUAUUACAUUUUAUGCAAUUGGAGCUAUUAGCCUUCAGACUUUGGAGCUCGCUACGACGUGGCACGGCUCAAUCAUGUCUUCGGUUUGGAAGCGACUGCAGCGAGUGGGAAAACGUGCCUCCAAGUUCCAGUUUGUGGCCUCCUACCAAGAGCUGAUGGUGGAGUGUACCAAGAAAUGGCAGCCCGACAAGCUCGUGGUGGUGUGGACGCGCAGGUCCCGGCGCAAGUCGUCCAAGGCGCACAGCUGGCAGCCCGGAAUCAAGAACACGUACCGUGGCGUGGUGGUGUGGCCUGUGCCCGAGAACAUCGAGAUCACCGUCACACUGUUCAAGGACCCUCACGCCGAGGAGUUUGAAGACAAAGAGUGGACGUUCGUCAUCGAGAACGAGUCGUCGGCGGGCCGGCGGAAAGCUCUGGCGUCGGCCAACAUCAACAUGAAGCAGUACGCCAGCCCCAUGCCCACGCAGACGGACGUGAAGCUGCGCUUCAAGCCGCUGAGCAAGAAGGUGGUGGCCGCCACGCUGCAGCUGUCGCUCUCCUGCAUCUUCCUGCGUGAGGGCAAGGCCACGGACGAGGACAUGCAGAGCCUGGCCAGCUUGAUGAGCAUGAAGCAGGCCGACAUCGGGAACCUGGACGACUUUGAGGAGGGUGACGAGGACGACGAGGAGAGCCGCGUGGACCAGGAGGAGAAGGCGGCCAAGAUUACAGAUAUAGUAAACCAGCUGAAUGCUCUCUGCCGCUUAGAGGACGACAAGGAUCAGGGCUCCUUUAAACAGGGCCCCCACUCGGCCGGCCUUGCCACCUCCUCCCAAGAGCUCAUCAACAAGCUGAACUUCCUGGAUAACGCUGACGAUGAAGAGGAGGAGCCGUCUGGAAUGGUGGCGGCGGCAGCAACGGCCGCCAUCGCCGCCCCCCCCGCCCCCCCAGCCCCCCCCUCAGUGGUCGAGGUGCAGCAAGAGGUUAAACCCCUCAAGCCUCCGAGGAUCGCCGCGUCAUCGACGCCGCCUCCGCCACCGCCACAUCGCAGCGACACUUCUGCUCCCACCCCGGCCCCCGCCACCACCUCCUCAACCUCCGCCACCACCUCCACCACGACCGCCACCGCCACCGCCAUCACGAAUCGCCACCCCGACGCCACCGGCAACUGCGGCGGCGACGAUUCCCAGAACCCGUUUGGCGAUCCGGACGGGGCGGACGAGGGCGGUGGCGGAAACCCGUUUGAGGAGGAGGCCGGCUCGCCGCCGCAGUGUGGAAGCAACCCCUUCGAGGACGAGGCGGAGGAGUGCGUGCCGGCGCCGGCGCCGACGCCGGAGAGGCGGCCGGAGAAGGGCCGUGCGCCGCCCGUGCCGACGGUGACGCCCUCGUCCUCGCCCGCGGCCACGCCCCAGAAGCCGAGCCGCAAGCGCGACGCGCUCAGCGCCGUCGACAUGAGCAAGUACCUGUACGGCAGCGCGGCCGACGACUCGGAGCAGCUCGACGACGCUGCCGCCCCCGCCGCGGAUCCACCUGGCGAUCGCCCAGCGGCUGACUCGGGCGCAGCAGAAUCGAACCCGUUCUACGAGCCGCCAGCGCCGGACCCUCCCAAGAGCGCGGUGGCAUCGCGCGGCAAGGCGCCCGCACCCCUUCCACCCUCCUCGUCCGCGUCCCCCGCCGCCUCCUCCUCGUCCACGCCCGCCUCCGAGCCCGUAUCCGUGGUGACCGCCACCACUCCCGCCAAGCACGAAAAGAGGAAAGCCCCCGCGCCCCUCCCCCCCGCGCUGGCUGGUAGCGGCGGUGGCGUCGAAACCCCAAAGGCGAAGCCUUCGCCUCAGGCCCUGUCGAUCGCCGAGCAGGUGUCGCCCUCGCCCAAGCUGAGCCCAUCGCCGAGCCCCGUGCUGGACAAGAAGGUGAACUCCAUCCAGUCCCUGCUCAGCUGGUGCAAGGAGGUGACGCGGGACUACCGCGGAGUCAAGAUCACCAACUUCACCACGUCGUGGCGCAACGGCAUGGCCUUCUGUGCCAUCCUGCAUCACUUCCGGCCCAACCUCAUCGACUACAAGGGCCUCAACCCACAAGACAUCAAAGAGAACAACAAGAAGGCCUACGAAGGCUUCGCGGGCCUGGGCAUCUCGCGUCUCCUUGAGCCGUCCGACAUGGUGCUGCUCGCCAUCCCGGACAAGCUGACGGUCAUGACGUACCUGUACCAGAUCCGCGCCCACUUCACGGGCGAGGAGCUGAGCCUGCUCCACGUGGGCGACACGUCGAGCCGCAGCACCUACACCGUGGGCAGCUUCGAGAGCGAUGCCGCCGCCGCCAUCUCCCAGCGCAGCUUCUACGCCGAGAUGAAGGGCGGCGCGGCGGGCGCCCCCGUCGACGGGACCGUUGCCGACGCUGCCUCCGGCGCCGCCUCCUCGGCCCUGCCGGCCGGAGCGCCGGAGAUCGGCGGCGAACCCGUCGACCCCGGCGACGGCUCGCCGCGGCAAAACGGCAGGCUUCCUGGCGACGAGGUCGGAGAAACCGGACCGAGGUUCGGCGACAGAAGUCGGAAGAGCGACGGGGACUCGGCUGCCGUGCCCGUGCAGAAACCCACGGUGGAGCCGGGCGCGGCGACGGCGGACGCGCGCAGGGAGCCUUCGGCGGCUGCGUCGGCAGCGCCGCCGUCGCUCGGCACGGACAAGAAACGGCUCCUCCCGGUCGAGCGCUUCGACUUCAGCGACUUGGGCGGACACGGCAGUGGCAGCGAGUCCGAGCCGGAGACGAGACCCGCGGGGGUGGCGCCGGGACCGGCCGCGGACAGAGCCUCGGCCGAGGCGGAGGCCCAGGGCCUCCCGUCGGCACUGUCGCGUAAGCCCUCGGGGCACGCGCAUCGGGCGAGCGCCUUCGCGCACAGCCGCGACGCUGACCUGGUGAAGAAGAAGCGCGCCGACCUGGCGCACCGCAGCGAUUCGGAUGGAGACGGCACCGCGCCGGCUACGAAGCUCAACCGCAGCCUCUCGCAGCGCUCCGACAAGGAGGCCGACAAGGCUCCGAGCAGUCCCGUGCAGAGGUCGGUGCCGCUCACCAAGUCCGCCACGCUCGCCGACGUGGGCACCAGCGGCGUCGCCACCGACAAGCGUGCUCUGAGCCGCCAGGAGGAGCUGAAGGAGCGAGCGCGACUCUUGCUGGAGCAGGCCCGGCGUGACGCGGCGCUCAAGAUGGGAGGGGGCAAGGGGGGCGGCUCGCUCGCCACGCCGGGUUCGGCCCUCCAGCCCGCCAAGCGACAGCCCUCCGAGACGGACGAGGAGCGGCAGCGGCAGUUGCGCGAGCGUGCCCGUCAGUUGAUCGCGGAGGCGCGAAUCGGGGUCAAGUCGUCGUCGUCGUCGUCCAUGACGAGGUCCAGGACCGUCUCGGAGGAGGGCGACUUGGACGGCGAUGACGCCCGGGCGCUGGCCUAUAUGAUGGAGCUGCUCUCUAGUCCUCCCGGUGCCCUUGCCGCCUCCGGAGGGACGAGCGAGGCUGCGGUCGGACGAGCGUCUGAGUCACGGAGCCGGGGCUCGGGGUCUCUGUCCUCGGCCGUGUCGACAUCGCCACAGCAGCAGAGGCCUGGCACGGAGAACGGCAGCCACGAGCAAGGCCUGGAGGGCGGCGCGGAGGGGCUGCGUCGUCUGCGGGGCGCCCCGCUCUUCAACCGCGACUCUACGGUCAGGAAGACGCAGCUGCAGUCCUUCACGCAGCUGGUGGAGGGGAAACCAGAGCCCAGGAGACAGAAGUCGCCGAGCGAGGAGCGGAGGGAGCGGUCGCGGGACAGAGAUGGAGCGGCCCCCAUUGGGCGGCAGGCGUCGGAGGAGGAGGAGUUCCUAGACACGAGUCAGUACGUGGUGGGGGAGCUGUCGGCGCUGGAGUGCGAGCAGAGGCAGAUCGACACGCGCGCCGCCCGCGUCGAGAAACGCCUGCGCUUCCUCAUGGAGACCGGUCGCAGCAAGGAGGAGGAGGAGAUGCUCAUGCAGGAGUGGUUCACGCUCGUAAACAAGAAGAAUGCGCUCAUCCGCCGUCAGAACCAGCUCAGCAUCCUGGAGAAGGAGCACGACCUGGAGCGACGCUACGAGCUGCUCAACCGCGAGCUGCGUGCCAUGAUGGCCAUCGAAGACUGGCAGAAGACGGAGGCUCAGAAGCGGCGUGAGCAGCUGCUGCUGGACGAGCUGGUGACGCUGGUGAACAAGCGCGACGCGCUCGUGCAGGACCUGGACGCUCAGGAAAAGCAGGCUGAGGAGGAGGACGAGCACGUGGAGAGGACGCUGGAGCAGAACGUGGGCAAGAUCGUCAAGAAGGACGACAAGUGCAGCAUCCAGUAGCGCCCGGAGGAGACGCGUCACGCGCCUCUCCCUCUCCCGCUUCCCCGCCUCUGGGCCGUCGAGCCGCUCUGCGCGUCGCACGACGCCGGCCGGUCGCGGCUCCCACUCAUAAACUCGCGUCUCCUGCUCUUCCCGGGAUGCGGCGGAGCGCGAGAAGCGACGCCGCGGAGCUUGGCGGUGCCCGUGACGAUGGGGGUGACUCCGGGGGAGGGGGCGUCUCCGCUUCCGGCUGCGGGGCACGGUGGGGGGACUGCUUCCGGAUCACAGCGAAGGCCGCACCGCCGCCGCCGUGCUCUUCGGCCGUGCGUCCGAGACCCCCGUGUCGGGUCGGGCUUAGCCCCGGGGUCUGUGCAGCCAGCGAUCCACUCUAGGCCCUUAAUGGAGCAGUGCGGUGGCUCUAACCUCCGCGCCCGCCUAUGGCGGCUGAGGGAGUAAGAAAGAGCUGAACCGCCAGUCUCCGUCUGACUUCCGCUGCGCAUGCGAGGUGGUGCCGUGUGCUUUCGCUCAUUGGACUCUAGAGCGCUUGCGUGUCGUUUCCGUAAUCCUAGCGCCCCCCCCCUCAUCCUCCAACGGGUCUUUCCCCACCAGCUCCUUGCUGUUGAUUUUUUAAUUGCGCUCAUUUUUGUUCUUGUUCCUCCCCACACCUGCGCGAGGAAUUUUUUCUGAGCGUCUACGUUUGGGGACGACGUUUUAUCGCGAGAGCGUCGCGCGCACGAGGCGGCGGCGUGCCGGCCCCGCGCUGUCGCCGCUGUUGCAGAGAAGCGACGUCCGUCGUGACGCCGCUCGCCGAGCCGGCAGGUGGAGUGAUGGUCGGACGGACGGACACACAGACACACAGACACACACGGAACCAUGCAAAGCCUUUGGGGAGAGCCCCGUGCCACCGUAAGGGAGCUGUCAUGAAACUUGGCGAUCCCCGUGCAGUUUUGCCGCAAAACAAAAUAGGGUUCACUUUUGGUUUGCCUAAUGGGAAACCCUCACAAUGCGUGAGCGAGGAGCUGAAUAAAGGCCGGGCUUGUGAAGCUUCGGGCUUGUUAGGGCGAGAGGCAGGCUUGCUCAGGCUAGGGGGAGUAAGGCAAGAUGUUAGAACUACCACAAGGGCUAGGCUCAUUAUGACACGGGCUAGACUUGCUGGGCCUUGAUUAACAGAGUAGGCUUUGUAAGGGUUAGGUCUAGAUUGGCAGGUGAUAUGGUAAGCACUGGGGUUAGGGAAGAGUACUAGACCCGGUGUUUGGAGAAGGAUUAGAUUUGCAUUACGGAUAGGCCUGUGUGUGGAUUAGGGUUUAGAGCUAGGGCUUGGUGAGGUUUGGCUAAACGCUGGACUCGUUGGGUUUUUGGAGCUGUGUUUUGUGAACAUAGACUAUCCUUUCCGUAAGUCGUGAACGCUGCGCUAAAGUGCGACGGAUUUUGCGGGGUCUCCAUCUCUGGUUUCACAUCUCAGUGUCGUCGCCUCUUCUCCCAAACGUCACCGCUCUGCGAGCCUAACGGACAAACGGCAGGCGUGAACUUUCAAAACUGUGUGGCAGCCGGCGUCGGUGGAGCGUUCGCCAAUUCGUCGGCCCGCGCGGAGAGGGAAGGCGGCGGCCUUCUGAAUCGAGGCACAAGAGGCGGCACCGAUAUGAUGGUGUCGGGGACUAUAGCCGAUCCACAAAUACAAUAAAUAAACAAGAGCGAGCAAACGAAUCUAAAUUAAAGAGCAGCCGUGAAUGGUGCGAGUGUUUUAACUUUUGGGUGGGCGUUGUUUGCGCGGGUGUUGGGACGGACGGUCGGCGUGUGUGUGUGCGCGCGUGUGUCGAGGGUGACACGCGGGCGACAUGGAUUCUUGAGCGAGAGCUCUGAAGCGCGAAAUACCGCCGCUGUAAAAAAGUGCCGCACCCUAUCAGUCGUUCUAAUCCUAUCCCAGCCCCCCCCCCCCGCCAGCCCCGGUCCUACACAGCUUACAGACGUGCCCAUUGCCACCUGGAGCCAGCCCCCAAAAACAUCUCUGAUUGGCCACAGCAUUUUUGUUGUUACCUGCAUCUCCGCGGUCAGAACCUGCAACUCGAGUACGCAACGGCUCAAGGGCGGCACAGAUAACGGGGAGUUUCUGCAAUGUGAUGGUGCCAUUUCUGCCAGGAGAUCGGCCCGGUUGCUGCGACUUGCCGAGACGCUGUGUAAAGGCUUCACGCGCAAUCCAUUUCGAGCGACAUUUGGCAAUCGGGCGGAAUGCCACUCGGCAGCACUCUGCCACCACAAACGCUUCUGUCGAGUCAUCGCGACGCGAUGGGUGGCAAUCGGGUUGAGGUAAUUCUCAACCUGAUUGUCGCCGAUCGGAGCCACCAUAUCUGCAAUGCAAGAUGAUGGCUAACUUCACCAUGAACUCCCCACGGAUUUGUAGGCAGUUUCAUGAAACACCUGAAUGCGUGAUAUCUUCCCUUUGUUUCCCAACUAAAUCGGUGUGAACUUAACUCCAGAUAUUUUGUUGCACCAAGGACUGACCCCUUCUGACCCCCGCCCUCGCAUCUUCGCCUCGCGAACGCCUGGUCGACAGCUACAGAGUUGUUGUUGAAUCGAUGGUAGAACGCGGACGGGAGACUUGCGACCAGCGCCUGCACACCGAGCGUAGCUACGGACCGGGGAAACGUUCAGGCGAUCCUCGCAAACAGACCUCCGGCGAUGGUCGCCGGAGCGCUGUUUGCCAAAAAAGCGAGUUUGAAACGUUGGGUAGCCAGGUGACCUUUACGUGCGAUCCGAUUGGACGUUGCCAAUCCCAUCUGCCACAAAAGGGAGCAGCGAAAAGAAUUGUUAAGGAUCUGGGCAACCAAAAAGGCUGAACGAUCGGAAACGUCGCGGCAACAUUUUCCAGCGAAGACGGUUGCUGGCGGCGACUGCCCCGGAGUUUCCGUGGAGCGUCGUGGCCGCCAUGCUGGUACUCGGCUGGGGGAGUUGAGUGGCGUGCGUUGUGCUGGCCGGAGUGGCCCCGGAACGCCGAUGGGUAAACGCGAGCGAGGCUGCCACAGUGCAAUACUGUAUUAAUGAAUUUUAAUUAGUAGUCAGUGAUAGUAAUGGCAAUGAACGUGGCGUAUUAAACGCGCGGUCGAAUCGAUUGGAGGGGGGGGGGCGGUGAGUAAGACUUGCGCGUGUGUUGUGUCCGCCAGCAAUGUUCGUGUGUUUUUAUAAAAAAAAAA